GACAUGGAUGACACGGACUUCUCGCUCUUUGGGAAAAAAGACAAAUCGAAGUCGAAAAAAGACAAAGCGGAUGCCACCCAAUACGCCAAGUCGCCUUCUUCGGAGUUGCCGCCCACGGACUUCAAUCGCGUCAUCACCUCAAGGCCCACCACCGACGACACCUAUGAGAAUUGUAAGCGAACGGGCGUGGCUCUAAUCUUCAACCACAAAGAAGUCAAGGGACAGAAGACGCGCAUGGGAACCGAACGGGAUCGUGAUGCAAUGCAGAGCACCCUUCAGAAUUACGGCUUUAGCGUCCGCACCUACAACGAACUGACCUUUGCCGAUCUCUAUGAAGUCCUCAAGCAGGUCGCCGCUGAGGAUCAUAGUCAGAACGAUUGCUUGGUGCUGGUGGUGAUGUCGCAUGGAACCGAAGGCAAGGUCUAUGCCAAGGACAUGGCUUAUCCAGUGGAGCGUUUGUGGAUCCCCUUUCUAGGCGAUAAGUGCAAGACCCUGGUGAACAAGCCGAAGCUCUUCUUCAUACAGGCCUGCCGAGGAGCGAAUCUCGAGAAAGCGGUGGAGUUCGAGACAUUUAGUGUAAUGACGCGGGCGAUGCCCGCGGCCGCACAACCCCCACAACCAGUGACUUACGCCAUACCCAGUACGGCGGAUAUGCUGGUCUUCUAUUCCACCUUUGAGACGUACUUCUCGUUUCGCAAUGUCGAGGACGGCUCCUGGUUCAUACAGAGCCUCUGCAUGGUGUUCAAUGCAGCGGCCAAGGGCGAAGCCGCCGAGCCCUCGGGCACGGAGCUAUUGCGUCUACUGACCGCGGUCAAUCGCAAGGUAGCCUAUGAAUAUCAAUCAAAUACCAAAAACGAGGCCUUAAAUCAAAUGAAGGAAAUGCCCAACUUCAUGUCCACGCUCACCAAGACUUUCUACCUACGUGUGAAGCGUGAGUCCUAGAUCUCAGGAGAGUUCUUCUAAAUGACAGUUAUAGGCAAUUCGAAGUUAUAUUUUAUACCAGCAAGCAACAACAACAUUUAUUCACAUUAAAUGCGACUGACUAACUGUUUCAGUCCAAACCGAGAA